CUUUGGGUACGGUAUCUACGAGAGCGUCCACUUUGGUUUGAUGCACAUUAUUUUACAACUACACCCUUGCAUAUCGGGAGCAGCAAGAGCAGUGUUGCUUGUUUGCCGAUGGACCGAACGGAGCGAAGGAGUGCCAAUCAGGCAAUGAAUGAGGGUAUCGCUGCUUAUUGCUUUGUGGUGUUGUUGUGUGUAGAAGCGUGGAGAGCCGAGCCCUGAGUAUUUUAUUCGCAUUUUAUUAUGUAUUAUUAUUAUAAAAUGACUAAUACAAGAAGAGAGUGCGGAGAGUGGCAUAUUAUUAGCGGGCGCACAUACACCGAAAAUGACGUCGAUGAGAUCGAGAAUAAUAAAGCUCACGGCACGCGGAGACGAAGACACAUGUGGAGUGUUGUGCUGAACGGGGUUUUUCGGAACGUGCUGGAGAAGCAUAAUAACACUUAGCAGUUCAGUUAACGACGCUAGGUCAACGCUAACGGAUGUGUCCCUGCUUGUAAGACACAGGAGGUGGCGUUAGAAGAAAAAAAGAGUACUCAUUUGUGUGGCUUGACCAAUAGCAGGCGUUGCGUUUGUUUUGUGCGGAGCAACGGCUCAUCGAGAUCUAGUUAGCCAAUCCAAUCGGUACCAUAUCGUAGACCGUAUUGCUUCGAGGAAGGAUACUCGUCUAGCUGCUGAACUCCGUGUCCUUCGUGCGGUGCGUGUGACCAACCAUAAUCAUAUGUGCGGCGAAUGAGGACACGCACCUUGUCGAGGAAUGGCACACAUUAUUAUUACUGUUUGAAUGGUCUCCGAAAUAGUGCACGUCGCUUUCGGGAUGCUUUUGGACUAAACGUACGACUCGGAAAGACACCACCACCGUUCCCGCGCGUUAAUUACCGAUAAUGAGAUAAAACCGUACGCUAGGAGUAUCAGGUUGUACCCACAAGUGUGCAGUCAGACGAUGACAAAUGGUUCUUCCCGAACAAUGUCUCUUGUGUGUGAAAUGCGAAUUUAUGGUGCAUUCGAACGUGAUUCGAUUCGCUAAUGAGUGUUGAUUUUUAAGGUGUGUACACUGAAGUGAGCAUUGAUCGUCCUGGUAGCUUAGCAUGCCAUGCCAAUCGAAUCCACAUAUUCGGAGCGGACGUUUCAUGGCCUACUGAUCCGCGCUUAUGAGAAGAGCAGGUCAAUAGUGAAACUAAUCAACUGUUGAUGAAAAAGUGACGAAAUUUUGAAAACGAUCAGCUGAGAGUAAGUGUUUUGUGCAAGUGUGGAACCGCUAAACUGAAAGCAUAACAGUACCCAUACAGAAGAACGAAGAACAAAAGUGUUGUGUCAGGUGUCAUUUGAGCCGCACAUUCCAGAACGAAAGACAAGUUUUAAACCGCUCAAGUCGACACCCACUCGAGUCCACAAUAAUUCAGCAAAAUUCCUCGACCUUAAACGAACGCACCAUGCUUGGUAGUUGUUUUCGUUACUGAGUGUCCGAUGUUGGAAUAUGGCGGAAGGAGCACAACCACCACCAUCAACAGGGACAUCACUACUGGAGAACAAUAACGUCCACAAUCCAGGCGUCGGUACCGUCACCAUCAACAACAACAAUAAACUUUGUGGAAUGCUCGGUAUCAACAUGCCCUGUGAAGCGGCAGGCCAUGAUUUUAGCACCGUCCGGAAAGAACUAGAAUUCGCCAACUCGAUCGCGUCCCAUUACAGUGCGAGUCUGUCGUCAGCGGCCGAGAAGAACGAUCGCGAUCACCACCAACAGCAGCAGCAGCAUCAUCAUCGUCUGGGGAGCUAUAAGAUUGAGGACCGGGAAAGAAGCGAUAAUUGCAGCCGUUCAAACAGUCCGCUGGACGAGUUGAGCGAAGCGUCAAACCGUUCGAAAGUGGCCGCGGCGUUGCGGAGCCGUGAAAAAAUGUCCCCCCUAUCCCUGCCGACGGGUGGAUCCCCGGUAACUAACCAAGCGGCCGCAGCUGCAGCAGCCGCCGCCGCAGCCCAGGUGCAUCUGAAUGGAACUAUGCAAGACAUGCUGAACCUACAGAAGCUGCAAAGUUUGGCCCAGCUAUCCGGAGGGGCAGGGGUUAUGCCCGGGCUAGGACUUCCGACGGCUGGUUUACCGUCGGCACUACUUAAUAAUUCUCCUCUAAAUCUAAGUCUCGGCGCGCAAAGCCAUUCACCGGUAAUGGGAGCUCUGGGAGCCGCUUCACAACCCCUGACAGCUGCGGCUGCCCAAAUGCCACAGCUGAUUCUUGCAUCUGGACAGAUUGUUCAAGGAAUCCAGGGAGCCCAAUUGCUCAUUCCAACGUCACAAGGAAUUGCCACCCAAACCAUCCUGACGAUCCCCGUGGGGCAACAGGUGAUUUCGAACAUGAGCAGCGAAAAUUUAUUGCAGUGUUUAAAUUUUAAUACGGUCGCAAACAACAAUUUCAACGAGAUGUUGAACCAAACGAGUCACCACCACUCCCACCACCAUCCCCAUCAUCCAGGCAAUGCGGCAUUUGCGGUAGCGGCAGCAGCAGCCGCAGCAGUGGCAACCCGCGAGUCCUCUGUCACAGUCAAUAGUGCAAUCAAUACCACAAGUCUGCUUACGAACCAAUUGGCUCUGGCUGCAGCAGCCGCCGCUAAUAGCAAUCACCAUCAUCAUCAACACCAUCACCAGCAACAACAGCAGCAACAGACGGCACACCACCAAUCGCAGCAGGCCAAGCAUCUGCACCUUGGUCUCCCAUCGGGACUGCCUUCGACGCCUACUUCGUCGUCGUCUUCGGCCAUCCACGUGGCGGACAAGUUUAAAAAUCUAUCCACUCACGAGAAAACGCCGUCGGAACGGUCCACUCCGGAGAUGCGUAUAAAGCUUGAGUCUCCGAAGGUGCCGUCGCCAAUUUCUCUAACCCCACAAUCGCGACCACCCAGCAAUAGUUUUGCGUCGGUGUUUGAGAAGUCGCCGCAGAUAAGACGAACCGCCUCGCCCAGCAUACCGCCGUGUAGUGGAAGCAACAGCAGCACCGGAAGCGGAGGCAGCAAUAGCAGCGUUAUUAGUGGUCUCAGCAGUAGUGGGGGCAGCACCGGGCUCGGGCAGAUUCACGUGGCCAAGAACUUGACCAGCCCGCACCAUUCGCCGUCGGACAAUGCGAUCAGUAGGAUUACAACGUCAAACGGUGAAAUCACGGUUACCAAGUCGCAAGCACCUCCCACUCCGCCCCUAUCAGUACAAAAAAAUCAUCCCGCAUCGCUGCACUUCAAUCCAUCCAUUUCGCCCCAACCGUUGCUCCAUCAUGCGAGAGAUCUGCUCCAGCAGCAGCAACAUCCAGUGCCGCAUCCCGUGCCAUCCAGCAGUCACAACUCGACGCAUUCGUCUCUGGCAGGCGCUUCAUCUUUAUCGUCGCCCUCGACCCAUCUCGGAGUGGACCAUCAUCAUCACCUAGCGAAAGAGCAACAGGGUCUACAGCACAAACCGUCCGCUACGUCCACCAGCAGCACCAACAGUAGCGUCCCGACGCCGGGAGUAAUCUCCCUCACCCUGGACGACGUGGAGCAGAAGAUUUCCCCCCACUCGUCGGGCUCAUCGAUGUCGUCUAAACGUCAUCGAAGUCUGACGCCCCCACCGCGAAAGAUGAGUCCUGCGGGAUCGAUUCAACAUUCGCAAAGGGAUGAGGACGAUGAUGACGAGGAGGACGACGAUAACCAUUCCGCCAACAACGAGUUGGAAGACUCUCCAAAUGAACUCACAAUCAACCAAACCAACUGCAACGUGGUCGACGGAAUCGACCUGGACGACAUCAAGGAGUUUGCGAAAGCGUUCAAAUUGCGCCGGCUCUCGCUGGGCCUCACGCAAACCCAAGUAGGCCAAGCGCUGUCCGUUACGGAGGGGCCGGCCUACAGCCAAAGUGCCAUCUGCAGCGCCCUCGCCGCUCAGAUGUACUGUGCAGCUCAACUCUCGUCGCAGCAGCAGCAAAUGUUUGAAAAACUAGACAUAACUCCUAAAAGCGCCCAAAAGAUCAAACCGGUCCUGGAGCGCUGGAUGAAGGAGGCCGAGGAAAGCCAUUCGUCCAGAUUCAAGUCAGGGCAGAACCAUUUGACCGACUUUAUUGGGGUGGAGCCAUCGAAGAAGCGGAAACGAAGAACGUCUUUUACGCCGCAGGCACUGGAAUUGCUAAAUGGUCACUUUGAGCGAAAUACGCAUCCGUCUGGAACGGAAAUCACCGGUCUGGCGCACCAACUCGGCUACGAGCGUGAAGUGAUCCGAAUCUGGUUCUGCAACAAGCGGCAAGCCCUCAAAAACACGGUACGAAUGAUGUCGAAAAAUUUCAAAAUGGAAAGCUCAUAAGCAGGGUCUUUGUUUCGGUUCGAAAACGGUUCACCCUUGUUUCGUUACAAUCACGUGCCAUUUGUUUGAAUAUAUUUUUUUUCUUGCUUGAAAUUUUUAAUAAACUAUUUGGAAGUUCUUAGUGGAAUUGAUUGAUUGAGAGAUAAAAGUUGCUAUUUAUUUUAAGAAAACGAAAUAUUCAUCACCUUAUUAGUUCAAUUAAACAGCUGCAAAAUCGUACUUUCAACUAGUUUUUUUAAUUAAGUUAGAAAUGAUGCAACCAAAGUUCCUAUGAAAUUAAGUAUAAGAGUUAUAAAACAAAUGAUGCUAACACAUUUUAUAAUGAGCCAAUAUAUAGUAAUAGUUGUAUGAAACUGAUCGAUUUACGUUUUCUAACUUUUCCACAUUCUUCUUUGUUUGAACAGUUAAAAAUUACUCAGUAAGCAAAGUUUCGGACUCACGAAAGGUGCCAAAAAAUCUUCAUCUACGUCAGCAGAACGUGCCAUAGCUCUUAGUUGCAAUUUUUUUUUGAGAACUCUAGGUAACAAAAGUCAACUUACAGAUUAGUUUUAUCCAGAUACACAUCAUGACAGAAUGAGAAUUUAUAGAAACAGCAAUGCAGAGAGAAAGAAAUGCAUUAUUUCUUAAACUAAAAUAAAGCAGAAAAGGUCACUUUUGCAAGAAGAAUUUAUGUAUAAAAAGCCUGUGAGCUACGAAAAUUAUAUGAAUAAGAAAAGUUUAACAAAAAUGGAAAUAAAUUGGCAGUACUCAGAGAAAACCCACACAAACCCAACUGGUCUUUUCAAUUGGCAAAAGUCUCCCAUUCGAAAUUAUCCUCUUUCCAAUGUUCGAUCAUCCAUAUGUAAUGUAUGCGUAAACGUAACGCAACAAAUAGGAAAAAUCCGAAGUAAUCCAUCAGAUGGUAGCUUUUGUAACUGCACCAUAGUUUUGAGCGUCAAAAUUCACCUAGCCGUGGUAGGAUUUCAGGCAAACUGGCUGAAUCUUCUGGUCUGAAAUGUAAAUAAUCAUCAAAUCGCGAAAAAAAUAUCGUCCUAACACUGUUAUCACUCAAAAUCCGGUGUACAUUUGUCUCCUCUGUAUCAUACCAUGUAGAAAUUUCUCGAAAAAAAAAGGAAUAUUUAAACGUCAAGAAUACAGAAAACAUGCGCCUCAUAGAAAUAGUUGUUUAAGAUGAGUGUUUAGUAUCCCGGUAAAAUUUGAGGGAACCAUAUUGGAUGUGAUAUGUAAAGUGCGCAAAAUACUUGUAUAGAUUUUGAACGAGGAUGAUGAUGCGAGCAAAUCGUUACUUCACAGAAGCCGAACACAGUUUAGUCAGUCACAAAUUCAAAUCACACUACAAUCGCAUUUGUCAUUCGAAAACCUGGAAGUUAGAAGAGUCGGAUAUGAAGUGAUGCCAUGUUGCACUAAUAGGGGAGGGGCUGGGAAAAUAGCUGUAUGGAGUAAACCUGUGGAUAUUUAGCUGUAUGGAAUUUGGAAUUCGAUAAAUAAAACUUUAUGAAAUAAA